AUGGAGGAAGUACCCCCCAUUGUGUGUCUGGUUAAUCCUUCGGAUCAUCAAGUGGUGUUACAGCCUAGUCAAGUCUUAGGGGUUGCCAUGGAAAUAGAUCAUGUCGAAUCACCCUUUGAGCAAUUGGCGGCUGUCAAAACAAAUAGUCAACCCAACAUCCCUGCUCAUCUGAGAAGUCUGUUUGAAAGAUCAUCUGAAUUACUUCAAGGUCAGGAAGUUCAGCAAUUGGCACAAUUACUUACAGACUAUCAGGAUGUAUUUGCAAAAGAUGACUUGGAUCUGGGAAACUUUACAGUGCUUGAACAUUCCAUCGACACCGGGAAUGCCAAACCAAUUAAACAGCGCAUGCGAAGGACACCACUUGGAUUUGAAAAGGAGGAGGAGUCACAUCUUAAGAAAAUGUUAGAUGCUGGAGUCAUCCAACCUUCUGUAUCAGAGUGGGCUGCACCCCCUGUAUUAAUACGCAAGCUUGAUAAUACAGUACGUUGGUGUCUAGAUUUUCGCGGUCUGAACGGAGUCACGAAAAAGGAUGUAUUUCCCGCUGCCGCUGAUAGAAGAUUGUCUGGACACACUCGCGGGUAA